UUGGGGGGCGCUAGUGUACGGGAUUCCACGAAAAAGGUUGAGAUGGCGUUUUUGGAUUUCUCUUUAGUUGAACAGAAAACUUUUCGAGAGAAGAGAAAGUAUACUAUGUAACCUGAUCUUUCCUCGCGAGACGUGAUAUUUCAAGCAAUUAUUUACUAAAUCUCUUUUCAUUAUGGCACUUGACAACUCUAUAUUAAUGCAGAAGCAGGUGCGGGAUAAUUCCGAGGAUUUGCUGAGCGAAUUUCUGGAUUUGAAAAAUUGGGAAGAGCAAAUGAAACGGAAGGAGAAAGAGAUAUUAAGUGAACGCAACGGGCAGCCGAUUAUACCACCUAUCAGAAGUAAAAAUAAGAAAAAAUGUGUGCUAAAUGAAUACAAAACAUCUAACGAUUCUAAACGAAUAAAAUCAUAUGACUAUGCAUCAUGGGAUAAAUUUGAUGUUAAUAAAGCAUGUGAGGAAUUAGAUAAAGAAGAACAAUCUGAUGAUUCUUCAGAAGAGUCCUUGUCUAAAGAAGAAUUGAAGGAAAAUCACAACAAAGCAUUAGAGUACAAAGAGCAAGGCAAUGCUUUUGUAAAACAGAAGGAAUGGGGCAAAGCAAUUGCAUCAUACAGUGAGGCGAUAAAAAUUUGUCCUUUCGAUGCUACAUUUUAUGCUAAUCGUGCGCUGUGUCAUUUAAAACAAGACAACUUGUAUUCAGUAGAAGCAGACUGUUCGUCUGCAAUACAAUUGGACAAGACUUAUGUGAAGGCUUAUCACAGACGAGCUACAGCCAGAAUAGGAUUAAAGCAAUAUAAAGAGGCAAUAGAAGAUAUAAAAAAGAUGAUAGAUUUAGAACCUCAUAAUAAAGAAGCGGAAGCUUUGCUUAAUCAAGUUAAAAAACAAUCUGGAAAUUCAUUUAUGUCUGAAAAAGAUACAGAUACAACUAAUAUAUCUCAUAAAGUAAAAAUAAAUAAAGAAGAAAUUAAAAUUAAAGACAAUAAAAAUAAAAAAAGUGUGAUAAAUGAAAACGCUGAAAAAUCAACAAUUACUAAAGAGGAAAAAAAUAAAGAGAGUAACAUAAAUAUAGAUUCUGAUAUAAAACUAACAACCGUAAAGAAAAAUAGAAAUAAAAAUAUUGACAAGAACGUAAAUAUUACUGUAAAACCAGCAGUCAUUAAAAACGAUAAAGAUACAAAGAAUAUAAAUGUAGAUAUUGCUGGGGAACCAACAAUUACAAAUGUAGCAAAAUUGAAAAAGAAUCAAAUCCCAGAUUGGUUACCAGAAAAGGAUAAUGUUAAAAUCGUGGAACCUAUUAAUAAACUUCCUCAUUUGCGUUCAAAGGAACCAUUAAAGAGGAUAUUUGUGCAAGAAGCUGAUUUAAGUAAACCUAUUAAAGAUAAAUUGAAAGCGCCAUGUGAUAAAGAACAAUAUAUAGAUCCAACAAAUAUACAUUCAGAAAAUAUUUUAGUAUCUAAACUGGAAGAAAACUUCACUAAAAGUCAUGAAGAAAUACUUCCCAUUCCGACAACUGCAGUACAAUUCCUAAUGGAUUGGAAAAAAUCAACUUUGCUUGAUUAUCGAUACAGAUAUUUAAAGCAAAUACCAUCAGGCAAUUUACCAAAAAUAUUUCAAGAUUCAAUGGAAACUGAUAUUUUCAGUGACAUUUUAGCAACACUUAAAACAGAAUUUACAAAACGAAGAGAGCCUAUAUUUUCAUAUUUAAAAGAUCUCAGUAAUGUUAAAAGAUUUAGGGCAUUUACUAUGUUUAUCAGCAGUUCGGAAAAGCAAGAUUUGAAGCUUAUGUUCUCAUAUUGUAAAACAUUUGAGAAGAUAUCUGAGAAAGAAAUCACAGACUUGAAGAAUAAAUAUGAAAUUAUUUAAUAAGAUUAUUAUUUAAUAAGAUUAAAUAUUGUUAAAAAAAGAUUUUUGAUAGAAUAAUCUAAGGUAAGUUUAAGUCAUUUAUUGUGAUUGAUUAUUUUCUUUAAGUGAAUAAAUAUAAUUUUUCUAUUAUGUGAAAA